GUUUCACUAAUGAGUUCUUACACAGGAAGAUGGAAAUAAAGCAUUUUAACAUUUGUUUUGAAUUGAUUAUGGCACAGGCUCAAGGUUUUGGGAGAAGAUACAUUAAAGCCUUCUUUAAAGGUUUCUUUGUUGCUGUUCCAGUGACAGUGACUUUCCUUGAUAGAGUUGCCUGUGUAGCAAGAGUGGAAGGAGCAUCCAUGCAGCCUUCUUUGAAUCCUGGGGGAAGACAAGAAUCUGAUGUAGUGCUCUUAAACCACUGGAGCAUUCGAAAUUAUGAUGUACAACGUGGGGACAUUGUGUCAUUGGUGUGUUUCUCAAUAACUCCCAGGAUAAUCUUCAUGAUUUUACGAGGCACUGACAUUGAGACUGACAGGCUUGUUGUUGCCAGUAUCUUCUUUCUUCCCCUUCUUGAAAAUUGGGACCAUGUUAAAAUAGCAAAUGUUACAAAAGUCCAAGCCUGCUGCCAGGGAGCCUGUGAUGUAGUGAGAUGCUGCACCUGACUAUAUCCUAGUUUAAUUUUCCCUGCUAGUUGCUCAGAAAGGAUCGGUUCAUAUUUCUGAAAAUACUUAUGCUAGUGUGACUGCCUAUAAAACAGAAAGUGACGGUAACUCUGCUGAAACAAAUGUUAUGGCUGGUACAGUACUACUCUUCCUGAGUGAAAUAGUCUGUAUAGCCAGGACUGGACUGUUAAGUAAAGAACAUAUUAUAAAAAAAAAAAGUGCUAUUCUUAUCUAGGAAAUGAAUUCUUUUGUAUUUUUUCCUGUCUUGCUGUAUUAUUAUUUUUUUGGUUUAAUCUCUUUGUUCUAUGAUAGCAGCCAUUUUGCUGUACUUUUUACUGCAUUUGAAGUAAUGUAUUCAAUUUAAAUAUUUUAAUGCUACUGUGAAUGUUAAUUUCUUUAAAAUAUUAAUCAAGUGUUAUAUAUUUGACAAAAUGAAAACUGGUGUCAUGCAGAGAUAUGGUGUGGAAUGGCAAAGGCUCUUUGGUUUAAAACUAUAUGAAUAGUAGGAAAAAAGGUGGAGGAUGCUGGUAGUGUGGGGAAGCUUUGUACUUAUCUCCUUGAGGAAGAAAGUGUUAUAUUUGCCCAGCGAUAAGUAUGCAUAGUUAAUAAAUGAUGCAUAGGAAUUAAAAAUCCUGUCUGCCAUUUAAAAUAUUUUUGUUACUGUUGAUUCUUUUUGAAGGACAUAUGUUUUGAAGGACGUGUGAAGUACUUUCUGAACUGUUUGCUACCUCAGGCUCUCUGAUAAAACAUGAAAGUUGACAACAUGUAUUGUAUUCUCCUUUCAUGGAACUAAUCACUACUUUCAGGUUACUUCUGUAGGUACUUCAUUUAACAUAGAUAGUCUGUUCAGAUUUAGUUAUUAUGUUUUUAUAAUAAAAAGCAUUGGUCUUUGUCUGCAUGA